AUGUUAGGAUUAGCUGUACGAUCCGUGCUGCGGAAAGUGUGUGCAAAGAAUGCUUUGGAAUCUUACCAACUAAAAGGCCUUGCCGUUACCACACGAUGCCAGUCAUUAGGUCAAUUAAAUAUGCAUCGAGAGAAAUAUACCGACGCGAGCAAAUACAAAGGUGGAAAGUUAGCUGGACAGCGCCAAAAAGUUAUAGCAUCAGAAAACGAUCAAUCCACUGCGGAAGAUGAUGAAACAUUGGAGGGGAGGGAUAAUCGGGCCGAGCUAAUAGAUGAUCGCGACUACGACACAGUGGCUUCCAGUGCCAUGCACGUGACGAAACAGAUUCUUAACGUGCAGCAUGUGGUUAUCAUACAACCGUACAUCAAGUGGGGACCUCGGAAAAAUCCCACCAAACCGGACCUGUUGCUAGCAGAAGCGGAAGCGCUUGUGCGUUCAUUGCCCAAAUGGACUAUUGAGCUCAGCAUGAAGAUUCCUGUGGAAACGCUUGAUAAAAGGCAACUGUUUGGUAGCGGUAAGCUCGAAGAGCUAAAAAACAUCAUCCAAACCCGGCAAGAAUCCGGUACACCACUCUCCUGUGUGUUUAUCAGUAAAGGGACACUUACUUACUCACAAAAGCAAACGCUCGAACAAACCUUUCGUCUGCCGGUGAUGGAUCGCUACUCAGUCGUGGUACAAAUACUUCGACUGCACGCCGUCAGCAUGGAAGCGAAGCUACAGGUGGCCCUUGCCGAGUUACCAUACAUCUGGUCCCAGGUGAAAGAUCAGGAAGGAUCCUCGAAAGGUUCGGGUCGAAUCUUUUUGAGCGAUUCUCAGCGUCAAAUGUUGCAGCUUCGCGAACGGAAGCUACGCAAUGAACUGGCCACGAUUCGAUCACACCGCGAACUGCUUCGUAACCGUCGUCGGCAGAAAAACUUUCCCGUGGUGGCAGUGGUCGGUUACACGAAUGCCGGCAAAACUUCGCUCAUAAAAGCACUGACGGAAGAGCAAAGUUUGCAGCCACGUGAUCAACUGUUUGCCACGCUUGAUGUGACAGCCCAUGCCGGAUUGUUGCCCUGCAAACUCGAGGUGCUGUACAUGGAUACGGUUGGUUUUAUGGCGGACAUACCAACUGGACUGAUUGAAUGUUUCGUAGCAACGCUGGAGGAUGCAAUGUUAGCGGAUGUGAUCGUGCACGUGCAGGAUAUGGCACACGAGAAUCAUUCAGAGCAACGGGCCCACGUGGAACGUACGCUGGGAAAGUUAAUGCACAACGGUGAACAGUCACUUAGCCCGGAACGUAUCAUCAACGUAGGCAACAAGAUUGAUUUAGUGGCGGAUCCGUCGGAAUUCACGAUCGAAUGUAACGGGGGCGGGAAGCAACCAUCAUCUGACUACGAUCGAUUACAUCUCAUUUCUUCCCAAACGUUGGUAGGCGUACACGAGCUGCUGUUGGAGCUGGAACGAAGAGUGCUAAUGGUAACUGGACGGCAGCGUAUUGUGAUACGAGUACCGAUGGGUGGUGCGGAAAUGGCAUGGCUGUACAAGAAUGCAGCCGUUACAGAAACGGCGGCCGAUCCGGACAACGCGGAACGGUUGCUCGUGAGUGUGGUAAUCACGGAAGCCAAACUGCAGCAAUUUCGCCAUUUGUUCAUUCGCAAACGGAGUUGAGCCGAAGCUUUUUGUAAUAAAUGUGAUGUAUAUUGUACAGAAAUA